AGGGGAAGGGGGCUGUGUGUUCCGGUCACGACAGCCCUCCUUUCUUUUCCUGGAGUUGGAAAUCCUUCCUGAUUCCCCCCCCCCAUCCCUUUCCUCUUCAAAAGAAAUGAGCCUGGAAGCCCCGAAACCGAAAGCUGAACCUGGUGCUGGGGGGAAAGAUGCUGCAGAAGAAGGAGGAUGCAAAUUUGCCCCGGGAGAAAUCUUCCAACCUGAGCCCUGCCUUGAGGAGUUGGGGCAAUUUGGAGAAGGCACACAGCUAAAAGAAGAGCUGGGCUCCUCCCUCCCAGCUUCCAGUUUGUCCAUCAUGCAGCCCACGGCAGAGACGGCUGAUGAAUUAGAAAUCAUUGAUGAACUGAUUAAGGAAGAUGGCUUCGAGGUGGAUCCUGUCUCGCUUCCCCCCAGGGUCUCGCUUAACGGGCCAGCCGAGCUGAUCCCCAAACGCUCCAACUUAGCAUCACCAGCCGGAAUGCCGAGACCAGCUGAGCCGAUGGGCAUGAGCCUGCUGCGGCCCUACGGCUCCACCUUCUCAGCCUCUUGCGCGCUGCGAGACCCGUCUCCUUCCCAGCUCUCUCAGAACCUUAACAACUUGACGCUAAGGCCCCAGCUGGUUCCAAGGGGGACGUCCCUGCCGUUGCUGCCUAGUAGCCGAUGCUCUGAUGACUCGUGGCCCCCUCUCCCCUCUUCCCUGCGCCCAGGGAUGUCCCGAGAGCAGUUGGACGACGUCAUCCAGGAGCCACCCAGGCUGGUGAUCACGGAGCAGCCCAAGCAGAGGGGCAUGCGUUUCCGUUACCAGUGCGAAGGCAGGUCGGCUGGAAGCAUCUUGGGUGAAUUCAGCACCGAGACCAACAAAACUCUGCCGACCAUUGAGCUGCAGAACUUUGCAGGCAUCCCAGAAGCAAAGGUGACAGCAUGCUUGGUGUGGAAGGAUUGGCCUCACCGGAUCCACCCUCACAGCCUGGUGGGGAAAGACUGCAACAAUGGUCUCUGCGAAGUGACACUGAAGCCCCGAGCCAACCCCAAGCACAGUUUUAACAACCUUGGGAUCCAGUGCGUGAAGAAGAAGGACAUAGAGGAAUCCAUAGAGAAAAAGCUGCAACUUGGGAUCGAUCCUUUCAAAGCUGGCUCAUUAAAAAAUCACCAGGAGGUUGACAUGAACGUGGUCAGGAUUUGUUUUCAAGUCUCAUACCAAGAUUGCACAGGGAAGACGCGGCACCUCAGCCCUGUUCUUUCAGAACCCAUCUUUGACAAGAAAUCCACAAACACGUCGGAGCUGAAAAUCUACCGGAUGAAUAAGGAGUAUGGCAGCUGUACGGGCGGAGAGGAGCUCUAUUUGCUGUGUGAUAAAGUCCAGAAAGAAGACAUCUCCAUCAUCUUUCGAAGGGACAAGUGGGAGGGGAAAGCUGACUUUUCACAAGCCGAUGUUCACCGGCAGAUUGCCAUUGUCUUCAAGACGCCACCGUACCAGCACCUUGACAUUGUGGAGCCAGUGGAGGUGGAGGUAUACCUCCGCCGUUUGACGGACAGCGUCUCCAGCGACCCCUUCAACUUCACCUACCUGCCAAAGGACAACGACACUUACCGGGUCAACAAAAAAAGGAAGCAAGGCAUGCCCGAUGUCCUAGAGGAGCUCUCUGGCCCAGACCCUCACGGGAUCGAAGCCAAAAGGAAGAGAAAGAAGCCAGGCUACAUGGACCAUUUCAACUUGACUCCGUCCGCAGAUGGCUCCUUGACCGGUUCGGAAGACAGGAAUAGCCUGAGCAACUUGGAGCGUAUCACCGUGCCGGACCUGUUUGAGGACUACAACCUGGGCCAAGACUUCUCUUCCUACAACGGCCCUACCUUGAGUGAUAUCCUGCUGCCAGCUGCUAUGGACUUCCCAGAUUCCGCAGAACAAGAGUUCCUGCUGGAUGCUUAUUCCAUCCACUCUGGCAUCUCGGCCCCCUUCCCGUUCCCUGUGGAUUGUGACCCAGAGGGCACGGCCAGUUUGGUGGGGAGCAGCAUGUUCCCCAGCCAGUACAAGGAGGCCGAAGCGCGACUGGAGAUGGAGACCAAGCUCAAGUCAACAGACAGCGCUGCAACCUUGUGAAGGAGCGUGGGCCCACCGUGGCCUGGGAGGGAAGGGGCCUCGCUCCCCAUUUUGAAUCUUACCGGUAGCAGAGAGAUCCCUGGGCAAAGCAAACGGGGAUGUUUUCCUUACUGGCAAAUUGAAGAGGGGAAAAUUACAUUGAUCUCAAUCAGGGAUCCUCGAUAGGCGUCCCUUAGGGAGAGAAGACAUGGCGUGAAUGGAAGGAAGGAAGAUUGCACUAAUAACUGAAUUGCAGGGGAGGGAAGUGCCCUCAGUGUUAGUCCCCUGCUUUGGCUUCCUAGUUUCUCUUCCUCAGUUUUCCCCAUCUGUAAAAUCGGGUCAACAACACUGACUUGUUCUGCUAGGGCAAAAAUGCCCGACUAGCAAAUGUAGUCUUGUUAGUUUCGUGGGUGUACCCCUAAGGCCUUUUCCUCCGCUUGAAGAUUUAUGCCGAUCUGUCGUGGAACAUUUUGUACUUCGGAUUCUUUUUGCAAAGUCCACGCACACUGCAAUAGCUAAUGGGUGGCCUUGUGUUUUGAAGUAGCUCAGGUGCUGAUCUAACAUAGAUACCUAGUGGUAUAUUCCAGAAGGACAUGUCUUUCAAUACAUUUAUGAAGUCAUAAGACUUAGCUGUUGGUCCACCUGGUGUUGCCCUAACAGUGACACUCCUGGUUUUUCUCUUUAGCUGCUGCAGAUACCUAUCUAGAGGUGCCAAGGAUUGAAUGUGUGACUGCUCACAUGCGGUGAAUGUACUUUUUCUCUAAUGCGGACUUAUAACCUCUCCCUCUCAUCUUCUCUGUGCGAAGCCUCUUGGGGCUGAAAGCUUGCACCACUUUUAAACAGUGCACUUGAGGCUGUCUGAUGCGGCUAGGUCCAGAGAAAACAGACAGCAUUACAAACCAGGAUAUUGUCCGGUCGGAGGCUGUGCUUCUCUUCCCCCUAUAUAGGCUACAACAUGUCACUAGCAUGGAAGUGCUAUGUGGUACAUCAAAAUAUUUUUUAAAUGUCCAUGCCACUAGGCAGGGGUAUUGUUGAGCUGAGGAGGAAAUUUGCUCACAGUAAAAAAAUUGGUGAGCACCUAACAUUGUUGUGCAUUUCAGAAUGUUUCUUGUAACUGCAGAUCCUCGUACCCCUGCCUACUGGCCAGCCAGAAUCUUGCUGAGCUCUUUCAUGGUUGCUAAAGGUUUCUUAAGGCAUUGCCCAGGCACUUGUCAAGCCUAUCUGUCCAGCCUUAGGGCCUAGACAUUUAGGGUGCUUCCAAAAAAGGACUUAAUGCUUUGAAUGGGUCACCGAGAUAUCGCAAACAGGUCGUUGGCAACCAUUUUUGUUUUUCUGUUUAACUUCUUUGGGUUUUCCCUGCAAAGGGGAAAUCCAGAUUUAAUGGAGGGGAGGGGAGAAAAAGGCUGGCGUUGUGAUGACAGAAAAACAACAAAGCAUGUGUUAAGGAGCGAGUAUUAUAGGCCUUGACUUGACUCUAGCGUCCUGAGUGUAAAUUUUUGACAUUCGGAACCAGAAAGCCACGGUGUGUUGUUCCUAACGGGUUGCAUUGUAACUAAAUCCUAGUCAGAGUAGACCCACUGGAAAAUAAUGGGCCUAAGUUAGUCAAGUGUAUUAAUUUAAAUGGGUCUUCUCCAGUGCUAUUUUUCUAGAAAAAGAAGGGCUGGAACUCACCAAUGGGCGCCUCCCUCAUUCUCUUAGAAUGGUAAUGGCGCCCUCCUGAGAGGUGCCAGAUCUGAGUUCUGGUGAGUUCUGACUGAAAAAAACCCCUGGUCUUCUCUGAGUGCAACUGACCUUGAAUACAACCCAAGGUGACCUUGAUCUUGACAUUGCAGGUCCUUAGCUGCUACCAGCAAAAGGGGUGUGACCUUUCUAAAAAAGCUCACCCUUGGAAACAGAAUAGAUCCCUAGAAAGAGGACAGCACCAUAGAUAGCUUCCCCUUGCCUUUUUCUCCUUUUUGGCAAUGAAACUGUUCCUAGGCACCAUUCUGAAUUUAGAAGACAUUGCCACCUCCUCAGUACUGGCAAAUGGUUUUUGUCGCAUUCUCCCAUCUUCAGGUUUCUUCCUGCUUCUGUAACUUUAAAACCAAAUGUUGCCUAAGGUUAAAGGUUGAAGUAGCUGAAAGGAUUUUGAUGUUGUUAUAAUAAGAUAAAAACACAACCACUUGAUUUCCAACCCCAUGGUCACAUAAUCACUCUUUAAAAAAGCAUUUCAAGGCGUGUAAAGAAAAUAAAUCUUCAAAAGCUGUCACAGAAUCUGUAACCAGGCAGGGAGAAUAAUUUAUACGUCUUGGGAUGGUGGUAAUGUUGGAUGGGUCCUUUUGAACAAAGUACUGUACCUUCUCUGGGCUUACCUUUCAAAUGUAUGCAUUAUUAUCGGCUUAAUUUUAGCCCUAUAACCUGUUUUCUGUGCCAAGGCUGAGCCCUGGAAAGAUGUGAAGUAUUAAUAAAACAGGCACUGCUUCCGAUUGUG